CCGUAUAAGUGUUUACAUUUUUAAGUGUGCUUAUGCCCGAAAGACGACAAGGCUCUAUACUAGAUAACGUUAGGAACUCCCAGCUACGACCGCGCUCCUACAACUAGGUGAACUAGGUGUAGUUUACGAGUCGCGCCCCAUUUGCGGACAGUCGCAGCUCGAUGCUGUAGCACAUUACCAGGAAUCGCAUCUGACCAUUCAAUUCGAUUAAAAGACGAUCUAGAAAGGGGUCUCCGGAACACAACACAUAGCUUUCCCGUUACUCAAAUAUCAAUCAUCUUAGGAAUACGAGCACGGUCGUCUCCGCACAAACUUGUCUUUUGAAGUAUCGUGUCCGACCCCGCGGUGUCGUUCGCUCCGCGAGUUAUCUCGAAAAGACCUACUAGGCCGUUUGCAGUCCAUCUGAGUCUUCCGGGUCUGCCUUGGACCCAGCCGUCACCAUUUCCACUCCAAUUCGUAUCCAGUCGAUACUCUCCUCUCCCGAUCGGUUAGGCGCCGAUGAGAAUCCGAAUAUAGAUACUACACUUAAGCACCAAACCCCACCAGUGCCACCCGGUCAACAGCUUUCCAAUACCGAUACAUCACGGAUCAAGGGCCUUGGAAACGUCGCCGCUCGGGGGCUGGGGGAUGAAGAGGCUAAGACAAUGGUAGCAGGCAGCAUUGAGGGGAAGAAACCCCCAAAGAUGCGCCCUCCAAUGCGAUCCAGUAUUGCCUGCACACGUUGCCGGAAGAGUAAAAUAAAAUGUGAGAAUACUGGCGGUACAAAUCCUUGUGACGGCUGCAUCAAGACAGGAAAACAGUGCAUCUUCAAAGUGCCCGAACCUGCACCUCCGAAGAGAACCGAGCCGCCUACCCUGGCCAAGCAGGAACGAGACGGAGGAUCUGAUAGGAAGAAGCUCAAAAAGAUAGAUGAGAUAUCGAAAGGUGACAAUCAAAAAGCAAGCGUUUACGCCGAGGAGGUACUUUCAGCACCUUUCUUAACUGAAGACCUGUGGGAGCAAGUAUUAGAUCUCUACAAGCUACAUUUCGCGCCGGAACUUCCCUUUCUACACUUACCCACGAUGAAGGAGAAAUUGGGGCGCAAGUUCAAAAGUCAACAGUCGGACGGUAACCCGGAUCUCAAUUUCAACUUGGUGCUACUAGGCGUCCUUACUCUUACCGCACGCUUUCACCCAGACCUCGUCAAAUAUCUCGCCCAUAUUUGCAGUAACCAACCCGGCAACGCUAGGACUAGACCGGUUCAGACGCCGCUUGAUCCCGCUACAGCGUCUGAAUAUUAUGCCGACGUUCUUACCAUGGCUUUGGGUCCGAUACGAACGGCGAUGAAAACUGCCUCCGUCGAGAGGGUGGCAGCCUUGCUUAUGUUGGGAUUAUACGACUGGAGUCAAACUCUGCCUAGGACGGGAGGGCUAGGCGCUUGGAUGUACGUUGGUCUUGCCAUUAGGAUGGCACAGUAUUUGGGGCUCGGGUUUAGCGACUCCCUCGACUCGGAAGAUGACCAGUCUAAAUCCUUGUCUCAGAAAGCAUUAGAGAAAGAAGUUAGGAGGCGUACCAUGUUCAGCUGCUUUAUUUUAGACCGCAUGCUCUCUUGCGGUAAGGAACGGGUGUCUAUCAUACAAUCAGAGGAUAUAAAAAUCCAACUUCCAUGCUCCGAGGAUAAGUUUGAUUUAGGAAUGGAAGCUCGCACAGGCUUCCUCAAGGAUAGAGGUCGGCACGGCGUGGACGAUAGUGUACUCGCUCGGUUUAUUCAGUUGGUGGAUAUAUGGGGAGAGAUUUCGAAGUUUAGCUCAUCAGGUGGACGCCUCAACGAGAAGGAAAGGGAGCAUCCACCAUGGACUAAGGGGAGUACUUUUUAUCAGCUUUGCGAGAAGCUUGCAGAUUUCGAUGCGGAACUUCCGGAUACUUUUACGUUUUCACGGUCCAACUACUUCAAGCAUGAAAACCACCAGGCUUCUAGUGUAUAUGUGCUGUUGCACAUGCUUAGGUGUCUCUGCUUAAUCAUGCUACACCGAGAAUAUAUACCCUUCGUACCUGUUCGGUGCACAGAACCAGAAGGACCUCUCGAUAAUCCCAUCUUUCAGGAGGAGAAAUUCGGCCUACCCCCUAAAAACUUUUGGAUGUCUAGUGCGGAACAGGUAUUUAAGGCGUCUCGCGGGAUUAUUGAUUUAAUUGAGAUAUGCCAAAGGAAGGACAAGUUGCCCCAAUCAACCAUCGUCCUCUUCGCGAUCUGGACCGCCUCUUUUGUAGGGUUGUAUGCUGAACAUUUCCCUCAAAUGGAUACCGAGAAACACAUGUUGAAAUACGAUUUCGAAAAUACACGACAAUCUGAAUCCGCGUCCAGAGUGUUUAGGCGUGGGUCGGUGGCAUUCGCAUUCGUAACGCUUCAUAAGAUGUCGAUGUGGCUCAAGAUGGCAUCUACAUACGUGUUCAUUCUGCGGCAGAUGGACGACUAUUUCGACAAAAUUAAGCGGGAUUACUAUAAAUUUGCGGCGAAGAACCAUGAAAAUCAGGGAAGACCCUCUCGGGUUCGCGAAGGUGGCACUGGAGGAGCGCUUGAAGAAUACCAGCCUAUGACCGGGAAGCUGAAAGACUUUGGGUUUCUCCGAAAGGAGGGUGAGCAUAUUGAGAGUCCAUAUCGAACAUCGCCCAGCCCCAUGUCGUCGCGAGGGAUGGAAGCUCCAGAUACGUCGACCAAGAGCAAAACACAAAAACCAGCUCCAUCUGGAUCCUUCACGGCAAUUAAUCACACUCCAGUGGUGCCAGCGCCAGAUGUCGGGCGUACAUUCACCACCGAAGCAGGUUAUCCAACACCUCACCCUGAAGUGUACGCCGAGGCUUGGCGAUGUCCGCCUCAGCAGGAGCAGCAGCAGCAGCAACAACAACAGCAUCCGCCGCCCCAGGUCUAUUCUACGUCGGAAGAAAUGCUGGAUACCACGGCCCUCGCCACCGAAGCUCACGAUCGGCUUUUCUGGGACACUUUCAAAAAGGAAGAACCGCGAAGAAUCGGCACGAUAGGAGAUCUUGGUUACUUCUCGAGCGGAGACUCCCAACUCUCCAUGGCUGACAUGCCCUUUGGUGAUUCGGCCAUGAUCCACGGCCUGCCGGACUCGUCUUACCAAUACCUACAACAGCUGACGGAGUUCUAAGGUUCCAAGCAGCGAGAAGAGAAGUGUUAUGGGGUGGUCGGUCCAAUUACGCCAUGGGGGUUUCGGGGUUGCAUGGUAGCGAAGAGGAAAAGGGGGCAUGCCGUUUUCAUAACUAGGCGUUUGGUGGUGAUUACUUGGGUGGGUGGGUAUGCCGGUAGCAUAUCCUGUUGUGUACGAGGUGAUUCAUAUCGAGGUUGGCCGGGUUGUGUCACUUUAAUGGUCGUUGUGUAUUUGUCUCGUUUCUCAGAUAUCCAAGGCAGUAGGUUGUAAUGUCAGCAGUUGCCAUUGCCAUUGCAAUGCCCGGCUUGGCCGUCGUGCUUGUGAAUGUCGAAAAGAUAUUAAGACCUGCCGAAAUCUAUUGGCGAGUCGGACUGACUUGUUGCGGUAUGGUGUCGUUUCCUUCUCUCGGCUGAGGGGACGUGCGUGUAUUCGUUCGCUUGGGCGGAU